CCCUCGCCUGGAGAAGACGUAGCGACCCUGCCUGCCCUGUCACCCCCGACUGAUGGAACUCAUGGACAGACAUAACCUAGCUACUGCCGCGGUUACUGCUAGGCCACGCGCAGUCUACAGCAUAGACCAGAUACUGGGCAACAACCGUCAAAUUGAAGAGUCCAAGGAAGUGACGGCCACUGGAGACCUGGAGGCCGGAGGAUCGGCUGCCGAAGACUGUGGGCCAACAGAUGACGAUGUCAAGCCCAGGAAAAUACGCCGCAGCAGAACCACAUUCACAACUUAUCAACUGCAUCAACUGGAGCGCGCCUUCGACAAGACUCAGUAUCCCGACGUGUUCACCCGGGAGGAGUUAGCGAUGCGGCUGGACCUCAGCGAAGCUAGAGUACAGGUAUGGUUUCAAAACCGGCGAGCGAAGUGGCGGAAGAGGGAAAAGGCGCUCGGUCGAGAGACAUCAAGCUACAUGCACCCUGAGGCGCAAGGGUUCCCUCCGGAGUUGGCUGUUCACGCACAGCUCGGGAUGCCCCCUAUGGCCCCUGACCCCUUCUGGCCUGCCCUAGGCUUCAACCCCGCAGCUAUGUUCGGGUUGUGGAAUAAGUCAGCGCCACUACACAACUUGCUAUCCCACUACAUGUUGACCGGCGGGGGGCUGCCGGUCUUGGGGGCGCCGUUCCCUCCCCCGCGCACGCCUCCUGGACCAGAACCCCCCGCCAGUCCGAGCCCCCCUGCCUCCCCCACGUCACCCUCCUCCACCGCCGACUCCAGGAGCCACAGCAUCCAUGCGCUACGACUACGCGCUAAAGAGCACCUCCUGGACAGACGACUCUGUGUACCUGGACCUUCCACCUCGCCUUCGUCAAUCCCCCACCAGGACUCGUAGAAUUUCUAAUUUCCCUAUCAUCAAUUGGAUUAUGGCCAUUAACAAAAUCUACCCGAUAAACAACACUCAAUUUACCUCAUUAAUAUUAUUAUAUAUUGCUAUCCAGGAAAUAAGUCUAAAAUAGUUUUCUAUUUAUAACUCAAGAAGAAAAAUAACUUAACUUCCUAUUAAUACGCUCUUUAAACGUAAAGAAAUAAGUUAUUUCUAACUUAAAUUCAGAUCUUAAACCUAUAAAAUAAACAACAUGUAAUGUUCUGCAAGUACUGUAUCUUAAAGCAUUUUCAAUGCCUCGUCAAAAGCCUUCUUCCUUUAUCUGUAAACUUUGUCGACAAUGUCAACAUUUAGUAUUAUGUAGCUCGUGAUAAUAGUGAUACGUAAUUUUAUUACAUUUAUUUCAUGUUCGGUUUGAAAAACUGAACAAGUCAUUUAACUUUUUGUAUGAUAAUUAUGUAAAUAAUAUAGGUGUAGAAACUGUUGUUUUAGUAGUCAAAUAAAUGUUGUUAGUAUCGUUCAA